ACCCUCAACUGCCCCUACUGCUCAGUUGGCCUUUAAAAAGAGGAACCCAACAAGCACUGAGGUACUAAGAAAAAAGAUUCAGAGCUAGAGAGAUGGCAAGGAGUUACGUUUGUGUUGUGUUAGUGCUUGCUCUUGCAGCAGUGCACACUAGUGCUAGAGACGUGCCUACUGAAAAGAACAUGCAUGUUGCUAGCACCAAAAAUGCGCCAAGUGAUGCUGGUCUCACUGACCAAAAGAACUUUGUUUCAUAUGGUGGUGUUGGUGGCUAUUCUGGAAUUGGUGCUGGUGGUCUCCCAUUUGGUGGCGUAGGGGGGAUUGGUGGAGUUGCUCCUUUAGAUGGUGGGUUCGGAGGACUGGGUGGUGGAGGCGGCUUGGGCGGCUUGGGUGGCGGUAUUGGAGGCUUGGGUGGCGGUGUUGGAGGCUUGGGUGGCGGUGUUGGAGGCUUGGGUGGUGGUGUUGGAGGCUUGGGUGGUGUUGGCGGUGGUGUUGGUGGCUUGGGUGGUGUUGGCGGUGGUGUUGGUGGCUUGGGUGGUGUUGGCGGUGGUGUUGGUGCUGGAGGCGGUGUAGGUGGGGGUGUUGGUGGUGGAGUAGGCGGUGGUGUUGGUGGUGGAAGUGGUGUUCUUCCUUACCCUUGAAAUUAAUAUUUGCUCUCAAGUUUAGUUCCUUUUUAGUUUGUCUCAGUUAAGUUAGCUGAACGUGCAAGUGAGGUUGUCGUCUAUGCUUUAGUUACCAUACUGUUCCUUUUGCUGCUGUAUCUGGUUUUACUUGUAUUUCCUUAAUUUGGUGUCUUUUACUUUGAGAUAUCGUUAUUGUCAUGUUUGAAUGGAUAUCAAUUAAUUAUGUCUAAAAGGUUAAUUA